UGUGUUCGUCUUCUUCCUCCAGCUAGGUAGCUCCCAGGAAAGCAGGGUGGCUAAGAAUGGCGCUAUGGCAGGCAAGGCACUUUCUAAUAAUAAAGCAUGUGCCGCUCCCUAAUUAUGCUCCCCCUCUUCCCCGGGGCUUCUUCUUACCGCGACAAUGCGGACGAUCGAUCGAACCACCCGGUUCUUGGAUUACCGGGACAAACAACAAUCAUCAUCACCUCGGGAUUAAUCAUUUCAACCCUCCCCUUUUUGUUCCUUCUCGUGGCUCUCUCUGCGUGGGUGUUCUGCAGCGCCAAUCCUGGAUCAUCAUCGUUUGCUUCUGCACACGUCGCUCGAGGCCGCAGAAAGCUGCGUCCUUUACAGCUGGCCACGGUGGAGUUGAUCGGUUGAUGGCAGCGAGCGGCGGUGGGUCGCUGCUAGAGAGACGAAGCUCGGUGCGACGGUCGCAGAGUAUGGUGAGCGAGGAGGGCCGGGGCACGCCGGCCGAUGAGGAUCUCGGCGGCGGCGGCACGCUCAAGAUUGGCGCCGUGCUCGACAAGGACAGCGCGGCGCCCAAGUCGCGGCUCGCCAAGGACACCGGCGAACACGGCGGCGGAGGACCUUCCGAGAUGGAGCUGAUGAAGGAGAAGUUCGCCAAGCUGCUGCUCGGGGAGGACAUGUCGGGGUCCGGGAAGGGCGUGCCGUCGGCGCUGGCCGUGUCCAACGCCAUCACCAAUCUUGCAGCUUCUGUGUUUGGUGAGCAACGGAAGCUGGAGCCCAUGGCGCCGGACAGGAAGGGGAGGUGGAAGAAAGAGGUCGGCUGGCUUCUAUCCGUCGCCGAUCACAUCGUCGAGUUCGUCGCGAAGAAACAAGUCUUGGACAACGGCGUUGAGAUGGAGGUGAUGGGCACGCAGCAGCGGAGAGAUCUCCAGGCGAACAUACCGGCGUUGCGCAAGAUCGACACGAUGCUCCUGGAUUACCUGGACAACUUCAAGGAUCGGAACGAGUUCUGGUACGUGAAGCGCGACUCGUGCUCGGAUAGCGACGAGCAGAGAUCAGACGAGAAAUGGUGGAUCCCGAUCGUGAAGGUCCCGCCUGGCGGGCUCUCGCCGGCGUCCAGAGGGUGGCUCCAGCACCAGAAGGAGCUGGUGAACCAGGUGCUCAAGGCGGCCAUGGCCAUCAACGCCAACUGCCUCAUGGAGAUGGCCAUCCCGGAAUCCUACCUCGAAUCCCUCCCCAAGAACGGGAGGGCGAGCCUCGGCGACGCGCUGUACCGGAUCAUCACCGACGUGGAGUUCGACCCGGACGUGUUCCUGUCGACGGUGGACCUUACGUCGGAGCACAAGAUCCUGGACCUCAAGGACCGGAUCGAGGCGUCGGUGAUCAUCUGGAACAGGAAGGUGCACAACAAGGACGGCAAGUCGGCGUGGGGAUCGGCCGUCAGCCAGGAGAAGAGGGAGCAGUUCGAGGAGCGCGCGCAGACGCUCCUGCUCAUCAUCAAGCACCGGUACCCCGGCAUCCCCCAGUCCACCCUCGACAUCGCCAAGAUACAGGAAAACAGGGACGUCGGGUUCGCCAUCCUGGAGAGCUACUCCAGGGUGCUGGAGAGCUUGGCCUUCAACGUCAUGUCCCGGAUAGAGGACGUCCUCAACGCCGACGACCACGCCAGGGAGAAGGCCAAGAAGGAGGCGCCGCCGGCGCCGGCUAUGGCCAACGACGCCGCGGAGCACCACCACCAGCAGGCUGGCGAGGUGGAUGCCCCCUGCAAAAUGACAGGGUCACCCAACGGCAGGACGCUGCUCGACUUCAUGGAUGACUGGAACGGUGACGCCGAUAGGCCCUCGCCGACGGCGCCUGAGCCGGCCGCACAGGAGGACGGAAGGCUGAUGAAGCUGCCCAACAUCAUGACGAACCUGAAGCAGACGUACAUGGACAACCUGUUCGGGGCGCAUAGAAGCCCACCAGGUCGCCAUUAAAAAGUGGCACGAUAUUUUGCAUGUAUUAUCACAUAGUGUACAUAUAUAUUUUGAUCAAACUGGGCUCUCGCUUGAGUAGCCCGCCGUUUUCGGCUUCUGGGUUUGUAGAGCUGAGAAUCUUCUGUACCAUUUCAAGGGGUUGAGGGGUUGACCAAUGUAUACGACAGAGACAUCUACUGACGUUCAUGCAGGUGUGCAAGAAAAGGACAA